AUGCCUGGAAAGUGGUAUGACAAGUCCCUAUCAGAUAGGAAUAACAUCUCAAGCACUGAAAAACAAGCAGAGGACUGGUUGAGGAGAAUAGAGAAAUCUGGACUCCCAGGGAAGUUUAAAGCAUGGCUUUACCAACACGGCCUACUGCCAAGACUUAUAUGGUUGGUGACAGUGUAUGAAGCCCCAUUAACAUCUGUGGAAGGAGUGGAGAGAAAGAUCAACAAGCAUCUACGCAGGUGGCUGGGAGUCCCUCCAAGUUUUACAUCAAUUGGACUGUACAUAAGAGAUGGCCAGCUACAACUCCCCCUGUCGUCUAUCGUGGAGGAGUUUAAAGUAGCCAAAUGCAGUCUGGUCAUGAACUACAGAGACUCCCAGGAUCAGGUCAGAGAUGCUGGGGUCAUCACAAGAUCAGGAAGGACGUGGGCAGCCUCGGAAUCUGUGGCCAUGGUGGAGGGGGCGCUAAGGCUAAAGGACAUCAUUGGGAACCCAUGUGAAGGAAGGCAAGGAUUGGGUUUGACGCACUUCCAGCAAUGGGGAAAGUCCAACUCAUGGGAGAGGAGAGCCAUCGUCCAGGCUGAAGUGAGGAACCUGGAGGAGGAGGCAAGGGAGGCAAGAGCUAUUGAGCUGGGGCCUCAAGGUGCCUGGACAAAAUGGGACCUCCCUGAAAGAAAGAUAUCAUGGGCCAACCUGUGGAAGCUGGAACCAUUCCGCAUAUCUUUCCUGAUGCGGGCAGUCUACGACACCCUUCCAACCCCAGUGAACCUGCAUAGGUGGCGAUUAAGGGAAGACCCACUGUGUAAGAGGGGAAGUAUGGCGCACAUCCUGUCGGGUUGCAAGACAGCACUGACCCAGGGAAGAUACAGAUGGCGGCAUGACAAGGUGUUAACCGUGCUCGCGCCUACCUUGGAGCAGGAGAGAAGAAGGAAACAUCAAGCUAGAGCAAUGUCAAUACGUGCCAUCACCUUUGUUAAGGAAGGAGUCAGGCCAUCAUCCCUGAGCACAGCAAAGCCAAACCUGCUGCAGUCAGCCCAAGGAUGGGAGUUGAGAGUGGACCUGGCAAGAAAGCUCCAGUUCCCAGAAGAGACUGACAAACCUGAGGCCAGAUGCAGUCUUGUGGUCAACAGAGGGAAAGAAGGUCAUCCUCGUGGAACUGACUGUGCCAUGGGAGGACGAUUGCCAGGAAGCAGCAGAGAAGAAAAGCGCCAAAUAGCAGGAUCUGGUGUAGGAGUGUAGGAACAGAGGCUGGCAAGCUUGGAUGUUCCCAGUGGAAGUGGGAUGUCGAGGAUUCCCUGCUCAAUCGGUAUGGAGUCUGUUGACAGCAAUAGGAUUGAGAGGAAACGCAAGGACAUCUAUAGCUCGUAGAUUGGGGGAGGCAGCUGAAAGAGCCUUCUGCUGGUUAUGGAAUCGGAGGGAGGAGGUGAGCUGGAAGCCAGGAGAUGGGCAGUGAUUUGGCCACCACUGCUGACCCGCCAACUGGAGAGUGUUACGGUUAAGGGUACAAACACUUGAGGAAGGUUGGGUACCGUCUGAUGACAACAACUCCUGGCCAAGGCAGCCAUCACCUACGUAUAAUAGUGACAGAAGCAUCGCAGGAUGUAAGAAGUCUGUAAUGUUCAUUCUUGAUAGAAAGUCAGCACCUUUUGUCUUUAUUGAACUUUUUUAUGUAUGUAUCAUGUAGGGAUAUAUGCAUUAAUUCAUUAAUUCAAGAAGAUUCGUAUGGAUUAUGAUAGGCCUUUUAGUCUCUUUGCAUGGACCAACUUUGUGAUUUUUGGAUGUUUGCAAUUUUGUGGUCUGCUUACUUCAUUGGUCCACUUUGUAUUCAACAAAAUGCUGCAAAACAUUUAUUUAAACAGAAACAGCAGUGCGUUGAACACCCUGUUGUGUUACAUACGUGCACUGCAGAUUUGUAACACCUCUGACACACCCGCCAAACAAGAGACAAUGUAGGCUACCUCAAAGCCUGUAUAUACACUAUUUUCAGAUUAGACAUGCCCCUGGUUUUGUCUAGUAAACUAGGGUCGAGUUUUCCUGUUAUUUGCUGUGUCUCCUGACCUUCUUCCCUCUGACUCUUGGUUCCCUCUGCUGAAUGCUGCUCGGCAAUAAAUAAUUCUUGUAACUGGAAGCGUGUGAUAAUAGAAAACAUUACUCCUGCUGCUUUGUAAAUGUUAGUCAUGCACAGAUACCUUUACUACACCUUAAAAUAGUGAGUUUAUCUGAAAAUGUAUGCCAGGCAUAAUAAAGGGACCAUCACUAAUCACCAGAUUGUAUUAGUUAAAAAUACAAUAGGCUAUAUGAUAACCCUUGGUAGACUAAUAAUUAAUUCAUAAAUGUAUUUCUAGAUUAAAUCUGGAGUCGGAGAUUGUGUCCAAAAGUACGGCCUAGUUUACUCACCACUAUAUAUAAAACACACAAAUAUAAGCCUAGUGAACAGUAAAUUGACAUUGUGGACACUUAAUACACUGACAAAAAAAUGCUUCUCACAAAAAAUGCCUACUCAAGCUUUAACCAGUCAUAAUAUCCACAUUAACCUAUUUUCAGUAGAGGCAGAAUCAUUAAAGAAAUUACUCAAACUGAUCAAAUUUUUUUCAUUUUUAAACUAAGAAAUAAAUGUCAAUAGUGUGUCCAUCCAUACCCAGCUGAGUACAGGUGCUGGACACCGCACUGCAUUUGGAUAAACCUCUAUAAUGGUAAAAAGCCUGUAUCAUCCAGCACUUUUGAAUGAAAUGGUCUUGAUAGCUGUGACAGUGUGAGAACAGCAAAAAGAAUACAGAUACAUGUUUCAAGCAGAGACGCCUCUUCUGUCUGAGGAUAUGGUAGUGCAAGAGUACUUGCUGUAAAUGUGGCUGAUGUUGUGAAACUGUGUGAUGAAACUGCCAGCAGAUACAGUUUGAGAAAGUAUCAGUGCAGAAACAAACUGGGUUACCUUACCACAGGUACACAGGAAACAUGCGCUAACCUCAUGGAGGUUCAGAUGAACAGUUCCCCCUGCAAGAUUUUCCCUCUACAACUACAUGCAUGGAGUUAAAUGUGUCUCACACAUUGGUCCCUGAUUCUGUAGUGCUGUCAUUUUCUGUGGUCAAGGCAACCGCUGAUGUACUCUCACUUUCUGAAUCGCUUAUCAGAUCAACACAAAAACCCGACAGACUUUUUUGUGGUUUGUCAAAGUGUUGCAAUGAAACUUAGCAUGAACACAAACACUUGCAUCAACUCUGCAUCUUCUAGAUUCUGUUUGUUGAAAAUAUAUGGGCUUGGACAACAACAGUUUAUUUCUUACAACAUAGUUGAGAAACAUACCAGAACCAUCGAAACAACAGAAACAAUUGAAAGGCCAAAGCUAAAAAAGACCCCAAUCAUUCACUUCAUCUUCUUUUACAACAUUCGACCCAACAAACUGAAGUUCAACACUGUCCCUAAUGUUGGCUAGCAACCGAUGCCCUUCUUUACAUUGUGGGUAACUAAGGAGAGAGGAAGGGGCUGUAGUGUUUGCAGUUGUGAAAAG